AGGGUGGCUAAAAAUAGUAUUUAAAAAAAGGAAGGUAUAUAUAGAGGUGCAGUCGUGCAGAUUCCAGAGAGAAUCAUUGGAGAUGAAUUCAAAGAGAGAGAAACCAACGACGAAAAUGGCGUAUUAGCACUGAAUUUCGCAAUCUCAGCGCCUUUUUUUCAAUUUCCUCAACCUCGUCUUUUUUUUUUUCUUUUGCUUCUUCCGAUUGAUUUUCUUUCUUCAAUACAAGUUGAAGUUUUUCAGAGAGUCAUAUUCUCCGGCGAACUACUCUGAUUGAAAUCUGUUGGCCGGUUGGUGGGAAUCGGAUGAUCUAUUUGGGCAGGUUUCUAGGGCGAUGACUCCCUUGGGCUGACUGAGGGAACUCGAUGGAUUCAGCAAGAAGUUGGCUACAUAAGUUUCAACCUAGAGAAAGGUUGAGAUCAAAUACCAGAAGGAGGGAUUCAAUAAGUGAUGUUGAAGAUUCAAACAACCCAGCCAUGGAUGAAGAGGCCUCAAAUAUAACAAAACAGAAAGUUGCUGCAGCUAAGCAGUAUAUUGAAAACCAUUACAAGGAACAAAUGAGGAAUUUGCAGGAGAGGAGAGAAAGGCGAAUCUUACUGGAGCAGAAAUUGGCUGAUGGAGAUGUUUCUGAAGAAGAUCAAAACAACUUGCUUAGAUUUCUAGAAAAGAAAGAAACCGAAUACAUGCGUUUACAAAGACACAAAAUGGGAGUUGAUGAUUUUGAACUACUCACAAUGAUUGGAAAAGGUGCAUUUGGUGAGGUCAGAAUCUGCAGGGAGAAGACAACAGCCACUGUAUAUGCCAUGAAAAAGCUUAAGAAAUCAGAAAUGCUACGAAGAGGUCAAGUUGAACAUGUAAAAGCCGAAAGGAAUCUCCUUGCUGAGGUGGACAGCAAUUGCAUAGUGAAACUAUAUUGUUCUUUUCAAGACAACGAGUAUCUGUAUCUGAUAAUGGAAUAUCUACCUGGUGGUGACAUGAUGACAUUGCUCAUGAGAAAAGAUACCUUAACCGAAGAUGAAGCAAGAUUUUAUGUUGCAGAAACAGUUUUAGCAAUCGAAUCCAUCCAUAAACAUAAUUAUGUACAUAGAGACAUCAAGCCGGAUAAUUUGCUUCUUGAUAGAUAUGGACAUUUGAGAUUAUCAGAUUUUGGAUUGUGUAAACCGUUGGAUUGUAGUACACUGGAAGAGACGGAUUUCGCCACAGGGGAUCAUGUCUCCAACUCAACAGGUGAGGGCCAUUCUGCUGCUCCUAAACGCACACAACAAGAACAACUCCAGCAUUGGCAGAAAAAUAGGAGGACUCUUGCUUAUUCAACUGUUGGGACUCCUGAUUAUAUUGCUCCUGAGGUUCUACUGAAGAAGGGUUAUUCAUUAGAAUGUGAUUGGUGGUCUCUUGGUGCUAUUAUGUAUGAAAUGCUGGUGGGGUACCCACCUUUCUACUCAGAUGAUCCAAUGUCAACUUGUAGGAAGAUUGUACAUUGGAAAUCACAUUUGAAGUUCCCUCAAGAAGCACAGCUUUCAUUUGAAGCAAAAGAUCUUAUCAGCAGACUGCUGUGUAAUGUCAAUCACAGGCUGGGUUCAAAAGGGGCACAUGAAAUAAAGGUUCAUCCGUGGUUUAAAGGUAUUGAUUGGGACAGAAUAUAUCAUAUGGAUGCUGCAUUUAUUCCCGAAGUUAAAGAUGAAUUGGAUACUCAAAAUUUCGAAAAGUUUGAAGAGUCUGAACACCAAAUUAAGAGUUCAUCAAGAUCUGGACCAUGGAGAAGGAUGCUUUCAUCCAAGGAUAUUAACUUUGUUGGCUACACAUACAAGAAUUUUGAGAUUGUAAAUGACUAUCAAGUCCCUGGAAUGGCUGAAUUGAAAAAGAAGAAAAAUAAACCAAAGAGGCCGACAAUCAAGUCAUUAUUUGGUUGAUUCUUUUUACAGAGGAAGAACCAGGUCAAGAAUCAUCUUAAGGACACGUCUCAAUCAUACCAAGGGGUAAAAAUUGUUAUGAUCACAAAAUUUGGUUGAAGAAUUACAUAACUUUAUGUGUUUUUUUUUUUUUAAUAUUCUUUUGAUUUUACUAUCAAAAUUCAAUGUAGAUAUAGUUUACUUUUACUAGUUGAUUUUCAUUUGUUUUAAUCGUUUCUGUUGCUUACGGGAACCCUGUGUAUAAAGAGCCCAGUGUUGUGUUGUACCUUGAAUUGAAUAUAAAAGUGGAAGUCCGAUUUUAGUUGAUGUUUUAUAAUGGUUAUUGUAAUUAUACAAAAAUAAA